AAGGCGCUUCUCGCUUGAGGCGGAUCGCGUUUAGGUUGUUGACAUCGCAACCAAAUCAAAACAACAACUUUGCGACAACACUACCACCAUUUCACCUGCAACCAUUCCUCCAAAUUUACAAGAACAAAUCGCAAGAUGUCUUACAAUCCUAGAAUGAGCAUGGUUCCGAAUUCGCAACAGCAGAAUCGCACAAAAAGAAAGGAAGAUGACAGCGACUCAUUCAUGCGCCUGCCCGACAAAGAGAUUGUGGGAUGCAUCAGUGAUAUUGGUGUUCCAUUCACGGUCGCAGACCUCCAGAAGCCGAAUCCGCUGCAAAUCCAGAUGAUCUUCGAAUGGUUUGCGGAACUUCUCAUGAAUGCGACCCGAGAGACUGUUGAUCCUGCAAUGCGCGCUGCCGCGGAAGACAUCUGCGGAGAAUGGAUGGAAAUCAUACCUUCGGAAACGCGAAAUCUCAUGGGGUUCUAUGUCAGCCUACGGAAACUACUGAUUGAGUGCGGCAUCACGGAUUUCUCUUUCCAAGACCUGUACAAGCCAACGCACGACCGUCUGGUCAAGAUCUUCUCGUACAUCAUUAACUUUGUUCGAUUUCGGGAGAGUCAGACAGCGGUCAUCGAUGAACACUUCAACAAGGCUGAGACGACUAAAGUCAGGAUUGAGCAACUGUAUAAUGAGAACCAGGAGAUGGAAGCCCGAGUCGAGGAGAUGAAGCGAAAUCGAAAGGCGAUGGAGGCACAUGUCGCAGAGAAAGUCAAGCGGAACGAGGAGCUCACGAGACGACUUUUAGAUCUACGACAGAGUCAAGAGAAGGUUAUACGCCGCUUCGAGAACGUGAAAACCAAGAAGAGCGAGAUUGGCACGAUUUUGGAGGACAAGACAGCACAGACUAUUGCCUUGAGACAAGAGAGUGCUAAGCUUCGCCCAUAUGUUCUACAAUCACCUGCAGCUCUCCAGGCAUCUUUGACGGACCUAAGCAACGCAUUGAAUGCCGAGAAGACACAAAUUGAUACCCUCGACCGACGAGCAAGAGGUCUGCAGACAUCAACAGAUACAUUCUCGGUGGUAUCUUCCGAUGUUGCUUCUUGUAUAAAAUUAUUGGACGAGAUCUCAGCAGAGCUGGCUAAAGAAGAGGAUGAGAAUGUCAGAAUCGGCAAGCAAAGAGACGCACUCGGAGAGCGGGGUAACAACGUGCGAGAAGUUGAGCGGACAGAAGGCCUUCUUCAGCGACAGUUGUCUAAGUGGCUUGAGAGAACUGAGAAGCUGCGGGACGGUAGUAAGGAGAAGGCUAUGAGUGCGAAGGAGAGAAUGGAGGAGCUUCGCGCUGUGCACAGGAAGCUGACAGAGGAGAGGAGGGAGAAGGACAAGGAGAUGGAGAGGAGGAGAGUGAGAAUAGAGCAGACGGAGAAGAAGAUGGCCGACCUGAAGGAGAACAUCGAGAAUGAGGUUCACAGUGCACAUGAUGAGUUCAUGAAGAUGGACUCGCACAUCAAGUUGUACAUCACAGAGAUGGAGCAAUGCAUUUGAGCUGUUUUAUGUUUAUAAUUGUUGCUGUGUCCGAGCUCUGGGAAACUAUCGUGGAGGGAGGAAAUGGCGU